AUGGAGCCUGGACUGAGGCAGGAAUUGUGGUCCCAUCUAGAGGAAUACCGGGAUGUGUGGGAACACCCCAAGGCCGCGCAGGCACGCUACGAGGCUAAGUUCGAAGUCACGGGAAAGCCGUACAAGGCCCGUGUGAGACACUACGAGCCGGAGAUGCGGCAGGAACUGGAAACCCAGGUCAAGAAACAGCUGGAGUUGGGCGUAAUCAGGCCGUCGAAGAGCGAGUGGGCGGCGGCCCCCCACUUCGUCAAGAAGAAGACCGGCGAGUGGCGGUGCCUUCUGGAACGUGCCUAUCGAGGAGGGGUGUAA